CUUCUUGGAGAUGAAUGUGCCUUGCUGCUUCGUAGAAUUUCGAAUUAAGCUCCCAAUAAGAUAUGAAUUUCAAAAUAGGUUAUUUACGUAUUCGAGCGUUGGCGGUGACACGUACUGAACCAUCAAACUCCUCGAGACUCGCGUCACAUGUUUGUCCUAACCACGGAACAUAUGGGGCUUAUAAGCCAUGUGCAACCGGCACGCGGUCAAUUUCCCUCCCUCCAUGCCGUCCCUAGCCCCCCACGAAAUCAUUACAAAUGACCAGACUGCUAAGCAACCACAGACCGCUGACCCCGAAACUACGCAGAAAGUUGUAGAACAUUCGCAGGUGGCAUUGCGAGCUCUAAUCAGCACUGCUGCUAUCUAUAUCGAUGCAAUAAACCAAGAAGAAAGCCUUACAGCCCUCCCACCUCGAUCCGACAAUGACGCCCCAAGACCUCCCCGAGCUGACCCAUCGACAGCCUCCUAUCGCACCCAUAUCAGCUCUAGCAUGAAACUACUUCAAUACCUCCAGAACCACAUAUCCAACAUUCACGAACACUAUCAAAACAAGCGGCUCAUCAUUGAUUCGCAGUUGUGUCCAGUGGCAAUGCUCCCUCUCGAACUCCUCUGCGACAUAUUCUCGCUUUUGGAUGAUUGGAGAGAUAUACUCGCUGUAUCCCAUGUUUCCAGAGAUUGGAGAGCAGCCGCUGUCGGAUGCAGCUCGCUGUGGUCCCCUGGCGGAGGCAGCAUUGAGUGGUUGAAUAUCUGCCUCCAGCGGUCUGGUGACUCCCGACCACUAGAUGUAUGCCUUCGAGGGAGUGGAAAGCACCUCGCUACUUGGCCUGAUCUAACGGCUGGCUUGUUACCGUAUCUCCCUCGCUGGCGUAGUCUGGAGUGGCGAUGCACUGGGGGAAGCCUGAGCGACCUUCCCACUCUUGUGCGUCUCCUACGGUGGGUAAGCGCUCGCCCAGAACCACGUAUCGAGAAGCUCGUCAUCAAUGACGUUGCGGAGAGACGAGUGGUUCUCCCAACAAGCCCCAUUCCUGUCCUACGUUCUGUACAGAACGUCAGCCUCAAUGGGAUCUAUCUCCAUCGAUUAGGCCACAUUACUCCACAUGCACAAAUUAUAACGCUCUCGAAUUUAGAGUUACGAACAUUGGACUGGCAAUAUUUGUUCAUGGCAUUGAAGUUCAUCAGGAAGUUGACGAUCACAGAUGUCAUGACCCCUCAACUGGUAUCCAAAGGCCUUCAGGAUGGUCCUAGUAUUCUAGUACCAACACUAGAGGAGCUUUAUGUGGAUGGAGCAGGCUCUGGUCUCAUUCAAUUCUUGCAAUGCGAUGUCGAUUUCCCCAACCUCCGCAGAUUGUCUAUUUCACAAAACGAAGACCCUCUGUUGCGAGUCCAGCUGGGGUCGCGAUUUAACCAGUUAGAAUAUUUGCAUAUCGAAGGUACCCCUCCCAGUCUCAAGACUACCUUAUUAUGGCUCCUUCGCGCGCAAGAUGAUGACAGGCCCGCCCUUCCACGUCUGCGACACCUAGACAUCGAGCUAGAUAACGCCAUUCUCGACCGUCAGAUCGAAUUUGAGAAGCUUCUCAUCCAUUUUGUGACUUAUCGCGACAUCAAGUACAAACUAGGUCAGGUGGAAAGUAAACUGCAAAGUGUCGCAGUUACGGAAUUGACAGAAAGUACCGCCAAUCGGCUGAAGUUGCACGUUGAUGGCCCUAUAGAGGUGAAAGUUUUUAUUCCAAUACGAGAACUGUGAGUCCCAUUAUCGCUUGUCGAUGACGUGGUGGAUCCAAUAUUCAUGACACGUCCUCCCCCCUUUCUUUAAGACCACAAUCCGAUAACGACUCUAUAAUGAGAGCAGUAGGCUAAUUGGUUUGCCCCUGCCCCUAUGAUACCCAACGCAAGCCCUGUUUCGAAACUCGAUGUGGCUUCGCCUUCACUUGCGGCGCAUCUUUCCUCCCAUGCGUACGCAUGGGUUGUAC